GGCUAUAAAUCAAUCUCCGUUCCUCUUGCUGAAGCACAGUGCCAGAAAUUGAUCUCUUCUUCUUCUUCUUCAUCUUCAUCACAGGCUUUAUCAAUGGCCUCCUCUUCCGCUGGCUCUAGGCGAGCAUCGCAGCCAAGGUUCAUCCAGCACAAGAAGGAGGCCUUGUGGUUCUAUCGGUUAAUCUCCAUCGCGUACGAUCAGAUAUUAAACCCGCCGCACUGGAAUGAGGACAUGCGGGACGACGCCCUGGAGCCAGCCGAUCUCCACCACCCGGAGCUGAAGGUCGUCGACGUCGGCGGCGGAACCGGGUUCGCCACCCUGGGCAUCGUCAAGCACGUCCAUCCCGAGAACGUUACCAUCCUCGACCAGUCGCCGGAGCAGCUCGCCAAGGCGAGGCAGAAGGAAGCCCUCAAGGACUGCACCAUCAUCGAGGGGGACGCCGAGGACCUCCCUUUCCCGACGGACUCCGUCGAUCGCUAUGUCUCGGCGGGAAGUAUCGAGUAUUGGCCUGAUCCACAGCGCGGAAUCAUGGAGGCAUACAGAGUGCUGAAGGCCGGAGGGAUCGCCUGCAUCAUCGGCCCUGUUUACCCGACCUUCUGGCUCUCGCGCUUCUUCGCCAACGCGUGGAUGCUCUUCCCCAAGGAGGAAGAAUACGUGGAGUGGUUCGAGAAGGCCGGUUUCAAGGAUGUGAAGCUGAAGAGGAUCGGCCCGAAAUGGUAUCGCGGCGUGCGGCGCUUCGGCCUCAUCAUCGGCUGCUCUGUGACAGGGGUCAAGACAGAAUCCGGCGAGUCUCCUUUGCAGCUCGGUCCGAAGGCUGAAGACGUGAACAGGGCAGUGAAUCCCUUCGUCGUCCUCGUGCGCUUCGUUCUAGGUACGACUGCGGCAGCAUACUACGUGUUGGUGCCUGUCUACAUGUGGAUCAAGGACAAAAUUGUGCCUCGAGGGCAGCCCUUAUAAAGGGGGAAGACUCAUCCUGAUCAUCGAUCGAAUUUGAAGUUCAUCAUCUCAGUUUGUGAGGAAAAUAAGUUGUUGUGUUUCUUUUCUGUUCAUCUCCGUUGCUACUUUCGGCAGAGCACUGGUUGGCUUUGUGACAGUAUGAACUGUGGUUGGAUCAUCAUGUUUUAAUUGUAGCUUUUAUGAAAUAUUUGUCGAAAAUUAUUCAAUUAAUCAUGGGAAAACACAUGAUGUGAUGUUGAUUAUAAUAA